AUGGGGAAUGAAGGUUGUUUUCUUCCCACGAUGGACCUGCUACGAUCGGAGCCUAUGCAACUCGUUCAAUUGAUUAUUCCAAUCGAAUCGGCUCAUCGAUCCAUCUCUUACCUUGGCGAUCUCGGUCUCUUCCAAUUCAAAGAUCUUAAUGCAAAAAAAAGCCCAUUCCAACGGACUUAUGCUUCUCAGAUUAAAAGAUGUGGGGAGAUGGCACGUACGCUGCGAUUAUUUAAGGAACAAAUGACGAAGGCAGGUGUAUCACCCUCAGCGCGGUCAACAAGAGACAGUGUUGUUGAUCUGGAAAAUUUGGAGAUUAAACUUGCAGAACUUGAAGCCGAGCUACUCGAGAUUAAUGCAAAUAAUGAGAAGUUGCAACACACUUACAACGAGCUGUUGGAGUAUAAGCUUGUUCUAGAGAAGGUUAGUGAGUUUUUCUCUUCAGCACAAAAUAGUGCUGUAGCUCACCAGAGAGAGCUUGAAGUUAAGACAAUUGUUGAAGGGUCUAUUGACAGCCCAUUGUUACUGGAACAAGAGACGCCAACACCGUUAAAGCAGAUUAAGCUGGGAUUUAUCAGUGGUCUUGUUCCUAGAGAAAAAUCAAUUCCUUUUGAAAGAAUUUUAUUUCGUGCUACUAGAGGAAAUGUGUUUCUCAAGCAAGAUGCGGUUGAACAUCCUGUUCUUGAUCCUUUGUCAGGAGAGAAGGUUCAUAAAAAUGUAUUUGUUGUCUUUUAUUCUGGAGAGCGAGUUAAAAGUAAAAUUCUGAAAAUAUGUGAUGCUUUUGGAGCAAAUCGUUAUCCUUUCUCAGAUGACUUGGGUAAACAAUUUCAGAUGAUAGCAGAGGUGUCUGGAAAACUUUCAGAAUUGAAGACUACAAUUGAUGUAGGAUUGGUUCACAGGAGCACUCUGUUGCAGACAAUUGGAUAUCAUUAUGAGCAGUGGAGCCUCCUGUUGAAGAAGGAAAAAUCCAUUUAUCACACACUAAACAUGCUUAGCAUUAAUGUGACAAAGAAAUGUCUCCUUGCAGAAGGCUGGUGUCCUGUUUUUGCAACAAAUCAGAUUCAGAAAGUAUUGCAGCGGGCAACAAUGGACUGUAUGUCUCAAGUUGGGGCGAUAUUUCAGGUUUUACAGACGAAGGAAUCACCGCCUACCUAUUUUUGCACUAACAAGUUUACUUCUUCCUUUCAAGAGAUUGUAGAUGCCUAUGGAGUUUCCAAGUACCAGGAAGCAAAUCCCGGUGUAUACACAAUCAUCACGUUUCCAUUCCUUUUUGCUGUAAUGUUUGGUGACUGGGGGCAUGGCAUAUGCUUAUUACUGGCGGCUUUGUAUUUCAUAAUAAGAGAGAAAAAGUUUUCUUGUCAGAAACUUGGAGACAUAUUAGAAAUGGCUUUUGGUGGACGCUAUAUUAUUAUGAUGAUGGCACUCUUCUCAAUCUACACGGGAUUGAUAUACAAUGAAUUCUUCUCUGUUCCAUUUGAACUAUUUGGACCAUCUGCCUAUGCAUGCCGUGAUCCUUCAUGCAGGGAUGCUUCUACAACAGGUUUAAUAAAAGUGCGUGACACUUACCCAUUUGGUCUGGAUCCCAAAUGGCAUGGUACUCGGACUGAACUGCCAUUUCUUAACUCUAUGAAGAUGAAGAUGUCAAUUCUACUGGGAGUAUCACAGAUGAAUCUUGGAAUCUUAUUGAGUUACUAUAAUGCAAAAUACUUUGGAAACAACAUAAAUAUCUGGUACCAGUUUGUUCCCCAAAUGAUAUUCUUAAACAGCCUGUUUGGCUACCUUUCACUCCUCAUAGUUGUAAAAUGGUGCACUGGAUCACAGGCUGACCUGUAUCAUGUGAUGAUAUACAUGUUCCUAAGUCCAACUGAUGAUUUGGGUGAAAACCAGCUCUUUGGUGGCCAAAAAUUCCUUCAACUUGCGUUACUACUGUUGGCACUUGUCGCAGUACCAUGGAUGUUGUUACCCAAGCCCUUUCUCCUGAAGAAGCAACAUCAAGAAAGGCAUCAAGGUCAAUCUUACUCUUUGCUCCACAACACGGAUGACCCUCUUGAAUCAGAGUCACAUAGUAUUCCCCCUGACCAUGAGGAAUUUGAGUUCAGCGAGGUUUUCGUGCACCAACUUAUACAUACAAUAGAAUUUGUGCUUGGAGCUGUGUCUAAUACAGCUUCGUAUCUACGUUUAUGGGCCCUCAGUUUAGCUCAUUCAGAGUUAUCAAGUGUUUUUUAUGACAAAGUUCUACUUCUGGCUUGGGGGUUUAACAACACCAUUGUUCUAAUUGUUGGCAUUAUAGUUUUUAUAUGUGCAACUGUUGGUGUGUUACUGGUAAUGGAAACUCUAAGUGCUUUUUUGCAUGCUUUGAGACUUCACUGGGUAGAAUUUCAGAACAAAUUUUAUGAGGGAGACGGUUACAAGUUCUUCCCAUUUUCAUUUACAUUACUUGCUGAUGAGGAUGAACUUUAG